GCCAACCGCGCCACACCGUGGGCACAAGACACACGGCCGCUUUCCCGGAGCAUCUUCAUCUCGCCUUCCGUCCUCAUUUCGCUCAACUGAUUCUGCCACUAUCCUCUUCGGCGCGCAGAUUCAGGCGAGCCGGGCCAUGCAUCCGGCGGUGCUUCUCGGCCUCCUCGGAGCCACGAUGGUGGCCGCUGUCAGUUCUAUGCCAGCGGAUAACAGGAAUCACAAUGAAGAAAUGGUGACUCGCUGCAUCAUCGAGGUCCUCUCAAAUGCCCUGUCGAAGUCCAAUGCUCCACCCAUCACCCCUGAGUGCCGAGAAGUCCUGAGGAAGAGUAGAAGGGACUCUAAAGAUGAAGAGAAAAAUGAAAAUGAAAACACAAGGUUUGAAGUAAGAUUGUUAAGAGGCCCAGCUGAUACCUCAGAAGCCCGCAGGCCUUCCAGUAGGGAGGAUGCAAAAAUCCCAGGGGAGGUGGACACCCAAGGCCCCUCAGUGGCCAACACACAGGGAGGUUGGCACAUCCAGGAGGGAGUAAGUGAGCCCCAAGGGAGCCUCUAUGCCUCUGACAGUCAAGAAGCAAAGACACACCAUUCUGAGAAGAGCGAAGGAGAGAACACAGAUGAAGAGGAAGGAGAGAAAUAUCAGAAAAGGGAGCGUGGGGAAGGUGGCGGUGAAGAGAGACACCUGGAAGAGCCAGGAGAGACACAAAAUGCCUUUCUCAACAAAAUAAAUCAGGCUAUAGCUCAGAAAAAAGAGGAGAUGGCGUCCAGAUACAAUCCACCCUCUGCCAGGCUGCCUGAGGAGAAGACACACAGCCGGGAGCGGAGUAGCCAGGAGAGUGGAGAAGAGACAAGGAAUCAGGAGAAACACCCCCACGAGUCCAAAAGCCAACCCAGGAGCCUGGAAGAUUCUGAGGAAAGUGAAGAAGAUGCCAGCCGUGAGGUAGACAAACGACUCUCGAGGCCAAGACAUCGCCAUGGGCAGAGCAGGCCUGAUAGGUCCUUUCAAGAAGGGAAUCCUCCCUCUGAGGACAGGGGACACCCCCGUGAGGAAUCUGAGUCAGACAUGGGCAUAACCAGCUUAGGGGACAAGAGGGACCGUCAUCCAACCCACUACAGGGCUUCAGAGGAAGAAUCCGAAUACGGGGAAGAAGUGAGGCGUUACCCAGGAAUCCAGGCUCCCAAGAACCUGGAGGGGGGACAAUAUGGGGAAAGAGGAAAUGAGGAGUACAGGGCUCCAAGGCCUCCCAGUGAUGAGCGCCUAGUGGAAGAGGACAAGAGAUAUCGCCCCAACUCCGAGCUUGACAAUAUGGCACAUGGAUAUAGUGAAGAAAGUGAGGAAGAGAAGGGCCCUGAGUGGGGACACCACCACAGAGCCAGGGGCAGGGAGCCUGGUGCCUAUUCCACUCCAGACAAAGAAGAGAAACGAUUCUUGGGUGAAGGACUCUACCGUGUUCAAGACAACCAGAUGGACAAGAGGAGGAGGCAUUCACAAGGCGAGUGGAAACAGCAGGACAGAAAUGACCUCAACUAUGGUGAGGAAAUGGGGGAGGAAGGACCCCAAGGGAAGUGGCAGCAGCUGGAGGACCUGCAGGACCCUAAAGGGGACAGGGAGGAAGGCAGGCUUCAGGGCAAACCAUCUGCUUCCUAUCUCAGCCCUGAAAAGAGGAGGAGAUUAGGAGAGCUGCUCAAUCCAUACUACGACCCUUCCCAGUGGAAGAGCCACCAUUUGGAGAGAAAAGACAACGUGGAUGACAAUUUUCUUGAGGGUGAAGAGGAAAAUGGCCUGACCUUGAAUGAGAAGAAUUUCUUCCCAGAAUACAACUAUGACUGGUGGGAGAAAAAGCCCUUUGAGGAGGAUGUGAAUUGGGGAUAUGAGAAGAGAAACUUUGCCCCCAAACUGGAUCUGAAAAGGCAGUAUGACAGAGUGGCCGAAUUGGACCAGCUCCUUCACUACAGGAAGAAGUCAGCCGAGUUUCCAGAUUUCUAUGACUCUGAGGAGCAGAUGAGCCCACACCACGCGGCAGAAAAUGAAAAGGACAGGGCUGGCCCUGGAGUUCUGACAGAGGAAGAGGAAAAAGAACUUGAAAACUUGGCUGCAAUGGAUUUGGAACUACAGAAAAUAGCUCAGAAGUUCAGUGGUAACCGAAGGGGCUGAUGGUCAUUGGAGCCAAGGGCCAUUUUAAGAAGCACCCCUCACAUUUCCACCACUUCACUGAAAGACAUCAUUUAUUUACCCAAAGGCAGAAAGUAGAAUUUACUAUUUAUUAAGUGCUUGACACAAUUGGAAAUGUCUUUAAUUUUUGCCAGAAUGCUAUUGAAAAUAAGAAUAGCAUGACUUGUAGCAUAUUCUUUCUCGCAAAAUCGAUAUAUUACCAUGCUUGUGACAAUGACUGUGCUGCCAUCCUUGAAAAAAUAUGUCUGUUUCCAUUUAAAUAAUAAAAGAUUCACCUGAGGCCAAAA